GUCGCUGUACCGCUCGUUGCCGCGCGGAUGACGUGUACGCGAUCACGCUUCCCGGAAGUGAAAGUGUCGCUGUACAGAGUUUAGAAACAAACUGUCGACCAGAUGAGUUAAUGUUAAUUUAGUUAAUUUUACAAACAGAUUGAUCAUCGAAAGAUAUUUGAUUGACGUGAUGAUGCGUCACUGCGUCACUCUGGUGAUUUUAAUACUGACAGCGUGUGAGAGCAGCGCGAGGAACCACACGCUCAAUCUUAAGAAUGAGACCCGGUUGGUUGUGCACUUAAACACAUUUGGUUAUUUUGCCAAUGGCUCUCUGAAUGUCUUUCUGUCCCUUGAGCCUCCACAUGACACCAAAACUCCUGUUGGCUUAAGUCUGGCAAGAUCUCGAGUCAAUGGAGUUCUGUCCUCCACAGUUGGGCAGACAGAGGAGUGCAUACUGAAUAAGCUGGACAGUGAAGAUGAACUGAUACUCUUUGUCAUUGACACAGAAAGCCUCAGUGUGCACAUGACGGAGUUUCACCAUUCAGACAGCAUGUUCAAGGAACUGGAAACCGAGAAGAAGAGCGAUGGAGGUUCCUCAGCAAGAAAGAGAAGAGAUGAAAACGGUGGCAAUCCUCCAGAAACUCCAAAAGAUAAAGAUGGCAAUCAUCCAGAAACUCCAAAAGAUAAAGAUGGCAAUCAUCCAGAAACUCCAGAAGAUAAAGAUGGCAAUCCUCCAGAAACUCCAAAAGAUAAAGAUGGCAAACAACCAGAAACUCAAAAAGAUAAAGAUGGCAAUCAUCCAGAAACUCCAGAAGAUAAAGAUGGCAAUCAUCCAGAAACUCCAAAAGAUAAAGAUGGCAAUCCUCCAGAAACUCCAGAAGAUAAAGAUGGCAAUCCUCCAGAAACUCCAAAAGAUAAAGAUGGCAAACAACCAGAAACUCAAGAAGAUAAAGAUGGCAAUCAUCCAGAAACUCCAGAAGAAUUGGCUUCACAGGACAAAGCUAAAACCAGUGCCAAAGAGACAGCUGUUAGUGUAAAGCAGCAGGCGAAGAUUGAGAAGACAUUGACCCUUGAGAAAAAAGGAGAUUCCUACCAAUUCAGGUUUCUUCUCACUAUGGGUGAACAGUCUCAAGGCUUGUACAAUCUGGAGUUCCACAACUGUCACAAUCUAAAAGAGAGAGCGCAGAGUCCUUAUUCUCUCAAUGUGACAAUCCUAGAGAAGAAUCCAAACGGUUAUCUCUCAGCAUCUGAGAUUCCUCUGCCUCGCCUCUACAUCUCAAUGGCAGCCAUCUUCCUCACUGCUGCCAUUAUCUGGACAUACACGCUGCUCAAAUACAGGUACAGUGUGUUUAAGAUCCACUGGCUGAUGGCAGCGCUGGCGUACACUAAAGCCGUGUCUCUGUUGUUUCACAGUAUAAACUAUCACUUCAUCAACUCUGAGGGUCACCCUAUUGAAGCCUGGGCCGUCAUGUACUACAUCACCCACCUGUUAAAGGGGGCUCUUCUCUUUAUCACGCUGGCUCUCAUUGGCACAGGUUUUGCAUUUGUUAAAUACAUCCUGUCAGACAAAGAGAAGAAAAUCUUCAUGAUCGUCAUUCCUCUGCAGGUUUUGGCUAAUGUUGCCUUUAUAAUCAUUGAAGAAACUGAAGAAGGAGCCAGUGAAUACGCCCUCUGGAGAGAGAUACUCUUUCUGGUGGAUCUCAUCUGCUGUGGAGCCGUUCUAUUUCCGGUCGUCUGGUCUAUACGGCAUCUGCAAGAGGCAGCUAAUACAGAUGGCAAAGCUGCAAUGAACCUGGAGAAGUUAAAGCUCUUUAGACAUUAUUACGUCAUGAUUGUGUGUUAUAUCUACUUUACACGGAUCAUUGCUAUCCUGCUGAAGGUCACUGUGCCGUUCGACUGGCAGUGGUCUCAAGAGUUUUUAGUGGAGGUUUCCACUUUGAUCUUCUUCGUUCUGACCGGGUUUAAAUUUCGUCCGGCAUCAAAUAACCCAUAUCUACAGCUGCCCCAGGAUGAGGAGGACCAGGAGAUGGAUGAAGUUAUAACAGAGUCGGGAGCAUUAGAGGGUAUCCACAGGGUAAAGAAGACGUCUAACGGCCGAGAGAGACAGAGAGAGGAACCAUUGUGAGGAACAUAUUGACGAGGGCAGAACUUGAACUUAAAGACUACCCUGGUGUUGUUACCACGGAAACCACAGCAUCACUAUGCAAGUGUGAAAAGAUGGAAUGGAAAAGAACAUGAAUUCUUAAUUCUGCUGGAUUUCCUUGUUUGUUAAGAGCAAGGAAACGGGCCGACUCGGACACUAGCGCCACAGAUAAAAUCUCUUGCUUUGGUUUACAGUAAUGAUAAAGACUCUGCUCAAUCCAUUAAUGUGUUUGUUUGUUCGUUCAUUCAUUUUUUCCUUCAUUCCAAAGAUUUACAAUCAUUUUACUGGAUGUGCAUUUGAUUCCUUUUAUCUUUAUUAUAAUUAUUAUUUAACUGAAGCUACCCUGGCUGUGAUGAAAGUUGCUGUAUCUUUUGUUUGUAUUUCACAGCUUUUCUGUUAAUUUUAUGAUUGAUGUCAAAGAUAUCUGAAGACAACCUUUUCGAUAGCUACCAAGAAGCUAGCUUAAACAAAUUAAAUUUGUACAGGGCACGUCUCGUGGUGUAGAUGUGAAUGUUCUGCCUCACACAAAUGGGGCUAUAUUUAAGUUGUUUUGCUGGACAAUGUCAAUUUUUCACGUGUGAUCAGUUGACAUUUAUAUACAGUCAUAAACGAAGUUGAAAGCUCCUGACACGUAGUAUACUUCAAAAGUCAUGCUCCAAACUUAUGCUUUUCUGCUGUAUUUUGCCUUUUUUGGGGGUGCUUUAUUUUACUUUGUAACAUUGGCUUCAUGUGUUUUGUUGGUUUUCCUUGUAUUUUAAUUCGGUAAUUAUAAGUAUACUGUCAUAAAUUAAGGAUAAACCACUGUUAUACUGUGUCUAUGCCUCGAGCGAACGAUCGGGUUCUGUUCAAAUCUACCGAAAAGCGCGCCAAACUUUGUUCAGUUUAGCGUUGUAGAUUUGUCUCGCUCACUGUAUUCAUUGUGUUUAGACAUGCAAACAUGUGAACUUAACGGUACUCAAGUUUGUAGUUGUUAUUUUCUGUAUCAGGGCUUUUGUUUUUCUGUCAGAUAAACUCAAUCCUGCUUGAUUUGGUUUGGUUCGCCGUACUAACUGAUUCAACUUGUAAGGUUUAAAUAAACAUAACGUAAAAUAUA